UGUUGUUGUUGUUGAGGAUGAUGAGGAUGAUGAGGAUGUCAGUGGUGCUACUAUUGCUGGUGUUGGUGGUGAUAGCGGUGGAGCCGCUGACGUUGACAACGGUGAAGGUGGUGAUAUUGUCGGCUGCAGUGAUGACCGCGUCGGCGUCGGCGUCGGCAGUUUUUAAUGGUAGUGGUUGUGAGGUAAGGAUUGGAGAUACAGUAGUGUAAUGAAAGAAUAGGGAUACAGAAACAUCUGCAGCUGCAGCAGUAGCAAUGCUUCAGCCGUAGUAAAUAAUGUUCCAACUAGACACACUUCAUUAUAAGAGCAAAUAAAUCAUUCCAUGAUAACGAUAUAUGCUUGCCGUUGUUUAGCUGUAGUUGUUACAGAGGAUUAUUAGCUGGUGUUGUUUUAUAAGUACCUGGACAUGAAAGGGGGAAUAAAAUAAUAAUACACUCAUUGAGUUUUAGACUGAGAUAGAAACAUAUAAACAUAUUAAGCAGUCGAAAACAAACUAUAACACAAAGCACAUGGAUGUAAAGAAGUGAAUGAGCGAUAAAUUGUUGGAGUGGAUCUAAGGCAAAGGAAAGUAAGAAAAAAAAAAAAGAUUAAACAGUAAGACAGAAAAGAUUAAACAGGAGCUAAAAGCAGUGGUUAUUGAACAAAACAAACAGAUAAAUAACGAAAUAAGACAGAACCGAAUAACUACAGCGAGAGUGAUUCUGUGCAUGUUGUGUCUAAAGUAAUUUUCUUUCUGUUUUGUAUUUUUUGUUGUUGUUAUUUUAACGUUACAUUUGAUCUCAUGUGCGCAUGAACGUUUAGUUGCUAUACAUACAUAGGCAUACACACACACAUACACACACGCAUAUACACACGCAUAUAUGCACAUUCACAGAUGCCCACAAAUUCACACAUGUAUGUACAUAUACACAUGUAUGUACAUAUACACAUACAUACAUGUACAUAAAUACAUGCAUAUACGGGAGAGAGGAAGAGAGAAAGAGAGAGGGGAAGAGAGAAAGAGAGGAAGAGAGAAAGAGAGAAAGAGAGAAAGAGAGGGGAAAGAGAGAGAGAGAGAGAGGAGAAAAAGAGAGAGAGGAGAAAAAGAGAGAGAGGAGAAAAAGAGAGAGAGAACGGGAGAUAGACAGAAGAAGACCAUAAGAAAUGCAGGUAGUGUUACGAUAUCCGAUGUUCAGUAGGAAAAGAGUGAGAUUUCAAACAGAUAAUUGAUUUUCGGUAAGAACUUCGGUAUAAAUAAAGCGAAGCAUAUUUAAUAAACGAAUUCCGAACUAAUCCUGAACUAAAAGUCCCCUAACUCAAGCGGAAACGGCGAAGAAAUUAAAAACGAAUAAUAUUGUUUAUGAAAAAGAGAAAAAAGGAACAAGGAGCACACAAAAAAAAAAAUAAAAUAAUCGAAGAAAGAAAAGCCAAAAGAUCGGUGACAGGCCCCACCUUGGCAUUUAUUAUGCUAAAGUUGGUGCUGUUUGAUUGGUUGAAUAUUCAUAUUUAACAGGAAGAACGAGGCGCCUUCUGAAUGUAUGUGACAGGAAUACACGCUAUCAUAGUGUCUUGAUUCCUUUCUUAUUUCUUCGUCAAAGAGUUUUCUCAGCGUUUACAGUCAUAAGUUGUUUUUACAUCGUAACAGUAACAACAUUCUGUUUAUAAUCGAAAUACAUUCCCCUUGAAUAUCAAGAGAUACAGAAUACUCAAAAAUUAUUAAUAAAUAGAAAAGAAGAAAAAUACACAUCUACAAUUAUACCGAGAUAGAAUAUAUGGUAUACAUGAAACUUUGCAAAGUGGAUAGGGUUGCAAGGAAGAAAGAUUAAAGGAUAAACAUUUGAUGCCUACGGUACAUCUUAAUUAUCUACAUAAUUUAAAUCCAAGCAAAUGUGUUGAUAAAACAAAGUAAUGAAAGAAUAAACGUUAAGUAUAGAAUAAAAAAAAAUACAAUGGUUUGUUAAACGUAUUUAAAAAAGUUCAAUCAUCUUACUUUAAAAGGACUUUCAAUACAUUUAAUAAAACAUCUAAUAAAUGUAAUAAAUCCUUGAACAAGUGAAAUUGCAAACUAUUAAAGUCAACAACGCGCGAGAACAUCAAUUUCUAAAAGACCGAAGAAUUGUGAAAUAUGGAAUACCAAAAUUACGAAGAUUCAGAAGGAUAUUCUAACCUCACCAACCAAUACACCUCCGAUGGGCCGCUAGAUUAUGAUGACUCUACAAAAGGAUCAAUCGAAAAUUUAAUCAUCGGUUUUCUCCGGAGCUACGUGAAUCCAUUAAUAUCUACGGUUGGAAUCAUUGGAAAUUUAAUCUCAAUUUGGGUGUUUUCCGCGAAAGGUCUACGAAAAUUAUCAUCAUCUGUUUAUGUCCAAGCCGUACUAGUAUCUGAUACAUUUUUCUUGGUUACAAUUUUAGCAGUAUGGUUGGAAUCAUUCAACUACAUGGCAAUGCACGUAAAUGGAAUUUGCCAAGGAAAUAUUUAUUUGUCCUAUGUGAGCAGUUUCUUGUCUGUUUGGUACGUUGUAUGUAUUACUAUUGAAAAUUACAUCACCAUAUGUCACCCACUGAAAUUAAAAACUGUGUGUACUUUUAAGCGCGCUCGAAUCACUACGCUAACUUUUGCUUUCGCAGGGCUUGUCAUGUUUUCUGUCAUCAUACCCAUAACGAAACCACAGAAGCCUUUAUAUUCUCCUCAUAAUAGUUCCGACAAGCUUGUCUGUAAAACUAUUGUAGAAUAUACAAAUUUAAUGAAUAUUCUUACCUAUGUUGAUACGGUUAUUACCAUUCUCUUACCCAUGAUUGCAAUUGUUGGCUUAAUUUCCAUGAUUAUCGUUGAAACCAUUCGCUCAGUGCACAAGAAACAAAUUCGUUUAGCCAAUAAAGAAAAUCAGUCCAAAAAACUCUCUGACGUACCACAGGUACGAGUCGCCAAAUUGCUCUUUGCUAUAUCUAUCACAUUCCUGCUAUUGAACUUACCAAGCUACUGUGCACGCUUAGUGUAUAUUUUUGUGCCUUAUGCAUUUCCACACGAUAGCAUAACCAGUUUUACUGUAUAUCAAUGUUUACUACACAUUAGCUAUUCCAGUUUUGCAUUGAAAUUUUUCAUAUUGUAUAUAUUCAGUGGAAAUUUUCGUAAAGUUUUAUUCAAAAAAUUGUUUUGUUGUUUCCCACACUUAAGUACCGAUACUCGAGCAACUGAAAGAAUAAAGUUAACUACUCCCGCAUUCGAUAUGGUUCAAUCGUGAAAGGAAGCAAACACUAGAAUUUGCGGAAAAAUAUUUAUCUAAGAAAUAAUUUAAACAAUAUCAUUACGCGAACUCCAUGACUGAAUAAUCUGCAUAAACUAUUUCAACAAUGAUUUAAAUAAUUUUUUUAAUUUUUAUCAUUUUAGACUUUUUAAAAUCAUUCAUUGAUAUGAUGAAUAACUUGAAAAUCAUAAAUUUUCAUUGCAUCAACAUUUAUUGUUCUGGCAUAAAGGAUUAUUUCAAAGAAACAUUUUGCUUUUUACAGUCUUUAUUUAAAUAGUUUUCAAACAGAGCUCAUGAGUCACUUCCUCUUUGGAAAUGAUAAUAAAACUGUUAAAAUAUGAAAAAGUGGACGAUCAAGUCUAUUGAAAGGUAAUUAGUAAGAAACAACUUACAGCUACAUUUCUUAAAAACUAAAAAGAUAAACGGUUUACUAUAACACGAACGAUUAAAGGUUAUAGUUCUCUAAAAAACCAUAUUGUUUUAAAAACUUUUAAUUCCAUACAAUUUUAUCCUAAUCUUUGUAUAUAUAGUAGCAGUACAUAUAUGAUUGCUCUAAGAUAAUGUUCAUAAUCCAUGAUGUUAAUGCAUUUUGUUUUGUUUCUAUACAUAUUUUAAAUUAUGUAUUUUUGGGUUUUGAUGAAAUCUAAAAACUUUUCGCGGACAAUAGUAAGUAACACUGAAGUUCAUAUUAUAACAGUUUGCUAACGUACUGAAAAAUGUUUACUGUUUCUCUUAUUAUAAUUUGAAAUAUAAUUCUAUUUGCAGUUUUUUUGUGAAAAUGGUUAAAUUAAUUCGAUAUUGUAACGUAAGUAGUCGAAAACUGUUCCUAUUUGGUUAACAAUUUUAUAUAUCUGAAUGAAAUUGCCAGCGAAUAUCACAAUGUUAAGUUUAAGCUUUUAUCAUCAUUACUCAGAUUACAUGCCAAUUCCUUCAAUUAGCUACAGGUCCUUCAAAUUUAAAGUAACUGAGAAAAAAUCGCCACAACUAUCUUUUGGUCUGAAUGUCUAUGUCAGGCUUACUAACAUGUGCUGAAAAGCGCUAACUUUCUCACUUCCUUUGCAUAUGUUUCUCUGAUUUCUUACUGCAUUCCUAGCUGUUUAUUAAAGGUACUGGAUACAAAAGAAAUUAGUAAAAUAACAUCCUUUUACUCUCAUGCAUAACAAUUCCAUAUUUGAUCUUCGGGAAUAUUAGCGUUUGUUCAAGCGAAUCAUCAUAUAUAUCUAUAUAAUUAAAUAAACUACAGAUUCAUUAAUGUUAUAUUCACCUAUACGUUUGCAAUUUUCUUUCUACAUAGUGUUUUCUUAUCAGAUACAUCUAAGAAUGAUUUGUUGAAUUGACUUCAAUAAACAGGCUCUUCCUCAAA